AUGAAUCCCAACCCUCAAUUCACUAAUGCCCCAGGCGGUGGGGGCAUGCCCGUCAAACCCAUGCAGCAGCCUAACAAAGAGGGUCCGGCAAUUGUUAUGAAUCAUGUUGCCCAGGUGUUGCAAAAUCAAGGUCCUUUUAGUGGAUGGAAAACAGAGGUGCCCAUGAAAACUCGUGCUAUGAAUGUUUGGCAAAUGAUAACUUCUCUCCGCCUGAUCCAACCUCGUAUCGAUUACCAAGCCGCUGCGUCUGCUGCGCUCAGUUUUGAACACAAAGCCUUUGCCAAGGCCAACGAAAAAGUUCGAUCCAUCUCUUCGUAUCCCUCCUCUGCUUUUGACUGCACACUCGACAGAGACAAGCCGCGGUCGCUCUCAGGCAUGAUGCCCCAGGCGGGUAUGCAGAAUCAGAUGCAGGGUGCUUUCCCACAACAAAUGAAUAGAGGGAUGCAGUCGUCACCGAUUCCCGGUCAGCAGCAGAUGGCGAUGGGCAUGAACGAUCCGAACCAACAGGCUGCGAUGGCACAGCGUCAGCAACAACAAUCUGCCAUGUUACAACAGCAGCGCGCCCAGCAACGUCCAGCAAAUGCCGGUGCCCUGCCCGAUGAUCUCAGUACCCUUUCUCCUCAAGAACUCGAGCAUGUUUCUCGCCUGGCCACCCAAAUGCAAGCCAAAACAUCACCAGAAGAUAUGCAAAAGAUCAAGAUGAAUCUUUCGAAUAUGAAUCCCGAACAACGACAAUACCUGGCCCGCAAAGACAUGGACCCGAUGACAUAUUUCUUUCGCUCGCAAGCUCUUACACAAUUACGCCGACACCGCCGAACGCGCUUGGAGAUGGGCCGUGCAAACAACCCCAAUAUGGAGCCUAACGGAGGCAUGAUGGGGGAUCCUAUGAUGGGCCAACGUCAAAUUUUCCAAAACAUGAUGAAUCUCCAGCGUAACACUGGCUUCUCGGGUAACCAAGGUCAGGGCAUCGAUUCAAAUUCGUUCAUCGGAAAUGUGGAAAAUAUUCAGGGUCAACAGGCGGACGGAUUGCGGUCCCAGGAGGCUGGUCAACUAGUCGUCCCUGCGAGCUCAUCGCAAAUGAACCAAACCCCUUUCCCCAAUCAGCAAAAUAUGUUCCCACAGCAGAUGGGUCAGAAUGGCCAAGGCCAAGGUAUGAACCCUCAGCUUUUCGGCCAGCAGCACUUUGCGAACGGCCCCAAUGGUCCUCAGAGCGGCAUGCAAUUCCCAAACCAACAGUCCCAAGCCCAGGCACAAGCUCAAGCCCAGGCGCGCGCUCAAGCAGCCGCUGCUCAGAAAGCACAACUAGCUCUGUCAAAUCAUGGCGGACAGGCGAACGCUCAAGCUCAGGCCCAUAUCGGCCAGGCCAGCCCUGUCAUGCCGAUGCUGAAUCAACCCAUGGCUCCAGGUCAGAUGUCUCCCAUGCAAGUACCUGGUCAAAAUCGAGUCUCGUCUCGCCCACAAAAUAUGGGCCAAAACCCGACUGGCGUACAGGGUCAGCCCAACAUGCAAGUCCGACCGCAAAUACCGCCGCAUCUCCCACAAGCAAUGCAAGACCAUCUCAACCAGAUGCCCACUGAUCAACUCCAGGCUUUCUUUCUGAGCCAGCGCCGCGCUGCAAUGGCGAACGGCAUGGCUCGCAAUACCGGUCAGCAGCCUCUUCAGCAGCCGGGAUCGCGACCAGGGCAGGGCCAGGGAGUGUUCAAUGGUCAGAUGGGCAAUAAUGCUGCAAUGAGAAAUUCAAUGAGCAUGCCUCAGGGCAUGAACCCCGCCGCAUCAAUUCAGACAUCGCAAGUUGCUCAACAAAUGACGCCACAACAACGUGCACAGGCACAGGCACAGGUACAGCAGCAGCAGCAGCAGCAGCAGCAGCAACAACAGCAACAACAGCAACAGCAGCAGCAACAGCAACAACAGCAACGUCAACAAGAGCUUCUCAAAAUGCAGCUAUUGCGUCAGAACGGCGGUCUCGAAAUGAGCCCUGACCAGAUCAAAGACAUGGACCGCGCAGCUUUCCCGCCUUCUAUCCUCAACCACAAUCAUGACCCUGCUCAAGUGCCCAAGCACAUUAAAACUUGGGGCCAGCUUAAACAAUGGGUCGCCGCGAACCCUCAAGCUUCAAGUGGAGUUGAUCUCUCAAAGCUCAUGACUCUGCAGAAGCUCUGCUUUGCGCAGAUAAUAUCUGCCCGUGCCGGCAUUGUAAAUCAACAACACCAAAACCAAGCCAUCAUGCCACAAGGUCAGGGCCAGAUGCCCAAUGCUCAAAAUUUUACUAAUGGACAAGCUCAAAUUCCCGGAAUUCCAGGAAUGCGGCAUAUCACUCCCCAGGAUAUCAUGAUUGCUCGUCAGAAGCUUGGCCAGGCUGCUGCCCACAUGGAUGAUAACAAAGUCCGUGAGAUUCUUCUCAAUCGCCAGAAACAACUUAUCAUGCAGGCUGCACGAAACCGCCAAUUGGGAGUGAACAUUCCCCCUGGCCAACAAAAUCAACCCAUGCCAGCCCAACAACCUCCAAACGUUCCUCAGGGUGCAGCCCAGGCACAACAAUCGACCGCUCCGCAACAACCUGUGACCACCGAGCAACAGCCAUCGAAUGUGAAGGCACAACUGGGCGGAGCUCCUGCGAAGAAUGCCAAGUCUGCUAGCAACAAACAAGGAUCGAAGAACAACAAAAUCAAAAUGGAGGAAAAUGUCGAAGCUCAAGCUUCAGCUACUCCCCAGCAGCCCCAGCCGGCAGCUAUCCCUACAGCUGCGCCUUCCGCUGCCCGCCCCAAUUUACCGGUCUCUCAAGAUCCGCUUACUUCAAUGACGCCUCAGCAACGAAUGGCAGUUGAGGACCGCAUGCGAAAACAACAGCAACAAUUCCUUCGUGGUCCGAUUCUCUCUCGAGCUGCUGCUGAAGAGAACUGGAGUAAGAAUAUUCCAGCUCCCAUGAUGGAGUAUUGCAACGAAAUUGCCAGAAAUGCACCGCCUGGCAAAGCUAUUCCAAUGUCCCCAGAGCAGAAAGCUGGCAUGGCGCAGUUGCUCAUGGACUCUUUGGAUAUCCUUGGGAGAUUAGAUGUGCUGGUCGUCCAUGGAUUUGCUAAGGUGGCUGGCCAGGAAAAGAAUAUCAGAAACCUGAUUACUAUGCGAUUUCAAAUCAUGCGACAAUUCCAAAACACGCCAACGUGGGCUCCCAAUGACGAAUUUUCCAUUACUCAUGACUACUUGACUAGUGCUAUUCUGUUCAUUCGAAAGUUGUUCCAAUUGAUGAUCGUCCGCAUGAAUCAACAGCGGCCCAAUGCAGCUCAGGGCCCUGCGCCUGCUGCCGCCCAGCAAACUCAGGCUGCCAACGCUUUGAACGCAUCAAACCUGCAACAGUUGCAGCAACAACAAGAAGAAGCUCUCCAGCAAGCCCGACGAGCCUCUAGCCAAUCUGCUGCCGUCCCACCCGCACCAUUUGGGGAGCCUUCUCCUUCAGGUGUGCCACAUGCAUAUGGCCCUGGCGGUCUUGCACCCGAGAAACUGAAACUUCCUCCGCCCAAGAAGAGAAAGCAGUCUCACGCUGGCACAGUCAACGCUUCCCCUGUACAAGCUAGCGCCGCCCCGGUUGCUGCGGCAGCUUAUCAACAAGCUAUGAACAAUGCUAAGACAACGGCGGCCGCCUUGGCUGGCGCUUUCAGGUGUAGCAUCGUUGAAUGCCAACACCAUUUCCAAGGAUUUCCUACUCAAGCAGCCUUGGAUAAACACGUGGAAGAAAGUCAUCAACCCGAGGAAGAGGAAGUUGUUGCUGAUCCUUUGCAAUACUACCUGGACAGUGUUUCCAUUGGCCUCGGAUUGACUACUGAUGGGAAUACUGAUGGACAACAACCUAAGCAACCAACUGAUCCUGCUGUCGUGGCCAACUCUGGUGCCAAGCCUAAUGUGAUGUACUCCCCUGCCAAGCAAGGUAUCCCUACACCUGUUACUGCCGGAAACACACCCAUGGCACGCGCCACUAGCCAGCUCGGAGCCAAGACUGCAUCUCCUGCCAUUUCGGCUCAGCAACUCACGCCUAAUCAACCACAUAAUAAGAGCGUGAAGCUCUCACCUGGCAAGCAGCCUGAAAAGCGUACUCUUGACGAUUUAGAGGGCAAGGAUUCAUGGGCAAAUGCUCCAAUGGAUCUUGAAAAGAUUCAUGAUACGUUUGCACCCAUUUUCUCGGAUUGCCGUCGCAAGGCCCUAGGCCACGAUCCGUUCGACGAAUUUAUGAACACCGAUAUGUUCUCCCAAGGUCAAUCCGAUAACACACCUGACUCUCGUGACAUUGCUCUGGCGACCUUGACCCCGAAGGAUGACGAUCCGAAGACAGUCACCAAGUUUGGACAACCCGGCGCUUGGUGUGACUGGAUGCCUUGGGAUGCGGAAUCCACGAAAGAGGCUGCAGACUGGAUGGAGAUUCCUUCUGAUGAAUAUGUCACCAGUAUCUUGAAUCCCACUGGAACGGAGCCUACUCGAAUUGACUGGGCGAACCUCGAGCAACAACAGAAGGAGAUGAACAUCGAGAGUGGUGGUAUUGCCAUUGCUGCUCUGUGA